UUCAAUUUCAUAACGAGCACAAACCAACAUGAACUUCAACAAAUAUUUUGCUUUCCUGGCCAUUUUGGUCUUGUGCAUAUUGGGUCAACAAGCUACUGAAGCUCAUCAUCAUUUCGGUAGAAUCGGUCAUGAUUUGCACAAGGGAGUCAAAAGUGUAGAAAAAGUGACCAGCGAUGUUAAUAAAGUUACCAACGGUGUUAAACAGGUUGCCAAUGGUAUUGUGAAAGCUAAGAAUGUAAUUGAGGCUGGUUCCAUUGCCGGAGCUGUGGCAGCAGCUGCAGCUUAAGUGUCUAGAAUCUAGAUGGUUAUAAAUAUGUAUAUUAA